AUGAAACAACCCCCGAAUCAGCUUUCUCACCUCAAUCGGCCGGGAAACCCUCUUGCUCUACUGGGCUUACAGCAGCAGGGGAAUCUCUCGGUUGGCUUGGGUAACCCUCCUCUACUUGGUCAGCACCAGCAUUCGGUUGAGGAUGCGUUCAGUUCGCAGCGGGAGGAUCCCGGAAAUGAUCACUCGAAACAGAAUCCUAAUCAGCUCUCCGGGGCUUACGGUCACCACUGGGAUUUCGGUCAUUCGGGACAUGAUGAUCAGCAUCCGGAGAAUAGUUACCCUUCAGCCACGGCGUUGGAUUACCCGGGAGAAUCCUCCCGGGAAUUCAUGUCUGAUGUCCCUGCUAAUCGACCUGAUCCAGCAUUUGAUUUUGGUUCCCAUCCAGAUUCAGCCUAUUUGCAAUCUCAGCUGAACGCCGUGCUUCCCGAUGCCAAUCAAGCCGGAUCUUCUCUGCCUGGAAAUUCGCCUCACCGUGCUCAAUUCCCUACUUCCCUUCCGAGCUCAAAGAGGAAGUCUAAUCAGGCGCGCAACCAUCAGAAACAAUCAAAUUUUCCUCAGGCUCCAAAUGGUGUGGGGUCGCAAGCUCAAAAAAACACUGUUUUGGAUGGACACGUCCAGUCUCGGGAUACCGGACCCACAUCCGCGCCUUCCUUUCCCGGAAAUGUGGCCAGUACUUCCUCACACUUCGAGAUCCCUGAGGAGAGUCCAACAACAAAGCGCUGGAAACGUAAAAUAACCGAUAGCCGAAGAGAGCAGAAUAGAGCUCACCAGAAAGCUUUCCGAGAACGACGCGACGUCUAG